AUGCCUCAGGCCAAUGCUAACCACCGUCUCGCAGAUACCAUCGAUUUAAACACCCCCUUCCAAUCCGGUGAUCAGGCUUACAUCAUCGUGGCUUCGGCCAUGGUCAUGAUCAUGAUACCGGGUCUGGGUUUCCUCUACUCUGGUCUUGCACGCAGAAAGUCUGCCCUGAGCAUGAUUUGGGCCUGCAUGGCCUCAUGCUCCGUCAUUACUGUGCAAUGGUAUUUCUGGGGCUUUUCCCUUGCUUUUAGCAGAUAUGCAAAUAAUCCUUUCAUUGGCGACGUCCAAUCUUUGGGUCUCAUGAAGACUCUCGGCCAGCCCAGCCAGGGUAGUCCAUUGAUCCCAGAUCUCCUGUACGCUUUCUAUCAGAUGCAAUUCUGCGCUGUGACAGCUGCCAUUACCAUUGGUGCCGUAGCAGAGCGGGGUCGCCUCAUCCCCGCGCUCGUCUUCAUCUUCUGCUGGGCCACCGUCGUCUACUGUCCUAUCGCAUACUGGAUCUGGAAUGCGCAGGGGUGGGCAUACAAAUGGGGUGUCUUCGAUUAUGCUGGCGGCGGUCCUGUCGAGAUUGGCUCAGGUCUCUCUGCCCUUGCCUACUCCAUGGUGCUCGGAAGACGCCAAGAAAAGAUGAUGUUGAACUUCCGCCCGCACAACGUGUCCUUGAUUACCCUUGGUACUAUCCUGCUCUGGUUCGGAUGGUUAGGCUUCAACGGUGGCUCUGCGUUCGGCGCCAAUCUUCGUGCCACCAUGGCGUGCUGGAACUCCAACAUUACUGCCAUGUUCGCCGCCAUCACCUGGACGCUUCUUGACUGGAGACUUGCACGCAAGUGGUCCAUGGUCGGCUGGUGCUCUGGUACCAUUUCGGGUCUGGUCGCUGCUACGCCCGCUUCUGGUUUCAUCGACCCCUGGGCCUCGGUUGUUCUUGGCAUAGUCACCGGUGUAGUCUGCAAUUUUGGUACCAAAAUCAAGUUCUGGGUCAAGAUCGACGACUCCAUGGAUGUCUUUGCUGAGCACGGCAUCGCCGGAAUCCUCGGUCUGCUCGCCAACGGUGUGUUUGGUGCAAACCACAUCAUCGGUCUGGAUGGUGUCAACAUGGGCGUGUACGUUGGCGGCUGGGUUGACGGCGAAUGGAUCCAGCUCGCAAAACAGAUUGGCUAUAUCGCUGCUACCUGUGCCUACGCAUUCGUCGUCAGUGCACUCCUGGCGUUUGCCAUUGACAAGAUUCCCGGUCUCAAGCUUCGUGCUUCUGAGGAGGCCGAACUUCUUGGCAUGGACGACGACCAGCUCGGCGAGUUUGCCUACGACUACGUCGAGGUCCGCCGUGACUACCUCGCCUGGACACCUGCCAAGAACGAUCCCAUCGACGGCGAGCACGCGAUCCCUCAGGGCGACCGCCAUGGAAUCCAACAACACAGCGAGAUGCUCGAAGGUCAGGCACCUAGUGAGAGCAACAGUGACAAGGACCACGCGCACACCGGCAUCGGUGGCGAUCGCCACGGCAUCGCUGCGGAAGAGAAGCUCCGCACCCAGUGA